UUUUUCUGCCAUUCUGCUGAACCCUGAAGGAAGGGAGCUUGGCCACCGAGUGUUGGUCUGGCCUGGGGCGAGUGAUGGGCGGGGUAAUGACGCGCAGACUCAGCUCCUCCCCUGCAAGAGGAAGUCUCUAGGGCCUGCGGCGUCUGUGUUCCCAUGGCAACAGGACGACUUCCGCCCACCUCCACAACCCUCAUCACGCGAGAGGCGCACCUUGGCAACCAGACAUUUCUAGGAGAAGCGGGCCCCACAGGUAGCUGUGGUUCCCGCUGCCUCAUCCCCAGGACAAUCGAAAAUGCACAGCCAGCGAUUUGGCAUCGUACAGCGGGAGGUUAGGGGUCCCACUCCCAAGGUGGUGCUCAUGAGAGCCAAGCCUCCCAAAACCCUUGGGGCUGAGCAACAGCUAGAAAAAAUCCAACACAGACACCAGAAGUAUCAUGCUACCUUGGCUUCCAUUAAGUCAAAUGAGCGGAAUCGCCUGAAAGUUGACUGGGACCAGCAUAUUGAUCGCAAGUGUUUUUCAAGCCUUGUUCGAGCAAGAGUAAAGGAUGCCAUGCAAGGGUUUAUCAUCAACAUUGAAGAAAGACGAAAUAAGCUACGUGUACUUUUAGCAUCAGAAGAGAAUGAGUAUUUUUCUGAAAUGCAAUUGAAAGAAGAAAACAUUGAAGAGAAAAAGGAUAAAAUGAGAGAGAAAACCAGAUUAUUAAAAGAGAAGAAAGAAAAAGAAAGACAGGAUUUUGUGGCUGAAAAGUUAGACCAGCAAUUCAGGGAACACUGCGAGGAGCUCCGUACUAAAUUGGUUUGCAUCCAUGAAAAGACGGUGUCCGAGGAGCGGAAAGCCCAGAUAGCAUUCAAUGAGGAGCUGAAGAGACAAAAGCUGGUUGAAGAGGAGAUGUUCGCCAGGCUCUGGGAGGAAGACCGCUUAGCAAAGGAAAAGCGAGAAGCCCAAGAGAAGAGGAGACAGAAAGAGCUGGUGGAGAACACCCGCCUGGGGCUAGACACCCAGGUCACCAGCAUCAUCGCACAAAGGCAGGAGGCCCAGCGUCGGAAGGAAGAGGAGGCGCGCCUGGUGGAACAAGACAAUGCACAGAUUAAACUUGAGAAUGAGCAAGAUAAGCUAAAGAAACAGAAGACAAAGCAGGAAAUUAGGACCGUUUUACAGAAAGCCUUACAAGAGAAGAUGGAGCACAUUCAGCAGGAAUACAGAGAAGAGCAGGACUUGAACUUGAAACUGGUGCAAAGGGCCCUUCAGGAUUUACAGAAAGAAGCAGAUAAAAAGAAGCAAAAAAGAGAAGAUAUGGCACGAGAACAGAAGAUAUACAAUAAAUAUUUGAUACAGCGACAUGAGGAAGAAAAGGCACAGGAGAAAGAGUUGGACAGAAUCUUAGAGGAAGAGAAGAAAAAGAAGUUGGCUGAGAAGGACAAACAGCUGAGACUUGAAAAGGAGGCAAGGAGACAACUCAUGAGUGAGGUCAUGUGUACAAGAAAACUCCAAGUUCAGGAAAAGUUACAACGGAAAGCCAAAGAACAGGAAGAGCGUGCUGUGGAGCAGGAGCGCAUAUGUAAAGGUCUUGAAGAGCUAAACUAUGCGGAGAAGGAGAAUUUUGCAAGGUACGACUUUGUUUCCUUUACCAUCU